GUAGCAGCGUUGUCAGACGGCAAAAAGAAGACACAAGCAUGAUGAACAUCUCUACAAUCUGCACGCUGUGCCUGGUAGCAGCGGUCUGCUGCGGUGAAGCCUGCAGCAGCUGUCCCGUGUUGGAGUGCUGGUUUGUGCAGGAGAAGACGGGUCGAGGAGGAGGUCUCGCUGCAGCUACGACCCUGGAGAAAUCCCUUCUGCACAUCCAAACCGACCCCCACCCUGCAGAGAGCCAGCAGGCUCCAUCCGACAUCCACCCCGACAGAGUUUACCUCAUCACCGACCCAGCCGGCACUCUCUGCCACCGCUCUCUCAACCCUCCCAGAGGCUCGGUGGAAAAGCCUCAGUGUGAGAUCAACCCCUUCCUGCCGCAGCCCUCCACCCUCAAGUGGGCAUCUCCACUCACAGACUCCGCCUCCAGCCCCAUCUACCUGCAGGCCGAUUGGUUUUCCACUGCCCUCAAGGGCCUCAACGGACAGCUGGCCGUCUCCACCAUCACUCGUGCUCCCACGGCAACCAAAGAGCACCGAGUGGUCCUGAGUGUGACCACUACAACCGUCUCCGUGCAGUCCAGACUCGGGGGGCCAGUGCUGCUGGAUUGCGGCCUCUGGGCCAACCCCUCGUCGCCUCUCUCCGGGUCGGGUUUCGCCGUAGAGUGGCGCUACCAGUUCAGAGGGGACGGCCGCUUGGUUCUGGCCUACGACGGCAAAACGGACCGCCUGGCCGACGUCCAAGAGGAGGGGGCCACGCUGGACUAUGAGGGCCUGCACCAGAGAGGGAAUGCGUCGCUGAUCCUGCGGGAGGCUAAAGUGCGUCACUCGGGGCUGUAUAUCUGCACGGUGUAUCUGCCCUACCUCGUGGCUCAGGUGACGAUGGAGCUCCAGGUCGUCGAACCUCCGUCCCUCUCCAUCCACCCGUCCCCUCUGCCCCUCGCAAUCCCCGGCCAGUCUUUCACGGUCCAGUGUGAGGCGUCCGGCUUCGCCCCCCUCGCCCUGGAGCUGAGCUGGGAGUUCAAAGGCACCGAUGGGAAGUCCAGGCCUCUGGGGUCGGGCAGCCUAACGGGACACCGGCAGGCCUGGGACGGAACCUACAGCCAGAGCAUCUCGGGGGCACACGGCGGGCCAGCGUGACCCUCAACGUCAUUGGGUUCAGCUCCCCGUCCAUCGAGGACUCCAUGGCAAUGGUCGGUGUAGCGCUGGUGCUCUACGGUCUCAUCAAGUUUGCCUCUU